AUGAGGAAGCAGCUGGACCCGCGCAUCCCCACGCUGAUCCGCAACAAUGUGGCGCUCAACCACCGCUCCUUUUUCGUCCUCGUCGGCGACAAGGCCAGGGACCAGGUGGUGAAUCUCCACUUUCUCCUCGCCCAGUCGCGCGUACAGAGCCGCCCCAACGUGCUCUGGUGCUACAAGCGCGACCUCGGCUUCACCUCGCACCGCAAGAAGCGCGAGCAAAAGAUCAAAAACGACAUCAAGCGCGGCAUCCGCGAAAAGGGCGAGGGCACCCCCUUUGAGCUCUUUGUCAGCCUCACCGACAUCCGCUACUGCUACUACAAGGACACGCCCAAGGUCCUCGGCCAGACCUACGGCAUGCUCGUCCUCCAAGACUUUGAGGCCAUCACGCCCAACCUCCUCGCCCGCACCAUCGAGACCGUAGAGGGCGGCGGCGUCGUCCUCCUCCUCCUCAAGACCAUGACCAGCCUCCGCCAGCUCUACUCGCUCGGCAUGGACGUCCACCGCAGCUACCGCUCCUCGGCCUCGGACGACGACCCCGUCGCACGCUUCAACGAGCGCUUCCUCCUCUCCCUCGGCGCUUCCCCCGACACCCUCCUCCUCGACGACGAGCUCAACGUCCUGCCCCUCAGCCGCGCAAAGGACAUCCAGCCCCUUCCAGAGACCGACACCGGCGGCAGCGGUGCCGGCAGCGGCAUCGGCGGCGGCGUCCGCAAGGGCAAGCAGCGCAUCGCCGCCGACCAGGACCUCGCCAACCUAAAGGACCAGGUGCGCGAGACAAAGGUCGUCGGCGACGUCGUCCGCCACGCAAAGACCCUCGACCAGGCAAAGGCCGUCCUCACCAUCCUCGACAUCCUCGCCAGCUCGUCGCUCUCGACCACCGUCGCCCUCACCGCCGCCCGCGGCCGCGGCAAGUCGGCCGCCCUCGGCCUCUGCAUCGCCGCCGCCGUCGCCCACGGCUACAGCAACAUCUUUGUCACCAGCCCGAGCCCCGAGAACCUAAAGACGCUCUUCGAGUUCGUCUUCAAGGGCCUCGACGCCCUCGGCUACGACGAGGUCGCCGACUGGGACCUCCAGCGCGGAACGGGCGAGUGGAAGGACGUCGUGGUCCGCGUCAACAUCUUCCGCGGCCACCGCCAGACGAUCCAGUACAUCCAGCCCCAGGACCACCAGGUGCUCGGACAGGCCGAGCUCGUCGUCAUCGACGAGGCCGCCGCCAUCCCGCUGCCCCUCGUCCGCAACCUCAUGGGACCCUACCUCGUCUUUCUCUCGUCGACCAUCAACGGCUACGAGGGCACCGGCCGCAGCCUGUCGCUCAAGCUCAUCCAGCAGCUGCGCGAGGCGGCGCGCGGCACCGCCAGCAGCACGGGCGACCACGACGACGACGACAGCACCGCGCUGGCGGCCACCUCGUCGUCGUCGACGUCGGCCGGCGCCUCGGGCUCCAAAGCCGGCAGGAAGGACGCCAAGGGCAGCCUCAGCACGGGGCGGGCGGCGGGCGCCGCGCUGGCGGCGCGCAGCCUCAAGGAGGUCGAGCUCAAGGAGCCCAUCCGCUACUCUGCCGGCGACAACAUCGAGUCGUGGCUGCACGAGCUCCUCUGCCUCGACGCCACCCUGUCGCGCACGUCGGCAUCGGCGCUCAAGGCGCGCGGCUGCCCGCACCCGUCGUCGUGCGAGCUGUACAUGGUCAACCGCGACGCCCUCUUUAGCUACCACCCGGCCUCGGAGGUCUUUCUGCAGCGCAUGAUGUCGCUCUACGUGGCGAGCCACUACAAGAACUCGCCAAACGACCUGCAGCUCAUGAGCGACGCGCCCGGCCACCGCCUGUUUGUGCUGCUGGCGCCCCUCAAGCCGGGCGACGGCGGCGGGCUGCCCGAGCCGCUGUGCGUGGUCCAGGUGGCGCUCGAGGGCAACAUCAGCCGGCAGGCGGUGCUCAACAGCCUCAGCCGCGGCUCGCGCGAGGCGGGCGACCUGAUCCCCUUCCUUCCAGGACGCCGACUUGCCUCGCUCUCGGGCGCGCGCGUGGUGCGCAUCGCCGUGCACCCCGACUACGCCAGCAUGGGCUACGGCGGCCGCGCGCUCCAGGCGCUCGAGGCCUUCUACCGCGGCCAGCUCCUCGAUGCCGACGCGGUGCGCGACGACCUCGACUCUGGGGAGACGUUUGCCGCCGCCCGCGACCGCCGCGUCGACGGCCAGGCCGGACUGCAGGGCGACGAGAUCGCCGUGCGCGACGCGGCCAAGAUGCCCGCGCUGCUGCAGCGCCUCUCGGAGCGCCGCCCGGAGCCGCUCGACUGGAUCGGCACGUCGUACGGCCUGACGCCGAGCCUGUUCAAGUUUUGGAAGCGCAACGGCUACGUCCCGCUCUGGGUGCGCCAGCUGCCAAACGACCUGACGGGCGAGUACUCGACGGUGCAGAUCAAGGCGCUGGCCGAGUCGUCGUCCGGCGCCACGUCGUCGGGAUCGGCGUGGCUGGGCGCGCUGGCCAAGGACUUCCGGCGGCGCUUCAUCUCGCUGCUCUCGUACCGCUUCCGCGAGUUCACCUCGGUGACGGCGCUCACGAUCCUCGAGGCGGCGACGCAGGGCGCCAAGCUCGACGCGGAGGCGGGCCAGGCGGCCAGUGCGCCGGCGCUGGGCGCCGCGGAGCUCGGGAUGCUCCUGACGCCGUUUGACAUGAAGCGGCUCGACUCGUACGGCAGCAACAUGGUCGAGCUGUCCGUCAUCCUCGACCUGGUGCCGACGCUGGCCGCCCUCUACUUCAACGGGCGGCUGCGCGCCGUGCGCGAGGACGAGAGCGAGGUGCAGGAGGACGAGGAGGAAGAGGAGGAGCUGCGGCUGUCGGCGCUGCAGUCGUCGCUGCUGCUGAGCAUCGGGCUGCAGCGCAAGUCGGUCGACGACGUGGCCGACGAGCUGCGGCUGCCGGCGCAGCAGACCAUGGCGCUGUUUGUCAAGACGGUGCGCCUCAUCGUGCGCAGCCUGCGCAAGGUCGCGAAGCGCGACGAUCACGAGGCGGGCCAACGGGAUGGCGACGAGGAGGAGCAGGAGGACGAGGGCGAUGACGAUGAAGGCGACGACGACGCGGCGACGCUCGAGGCCAAGCGCAAGCUGAUUGACAGCAUGGACCUGUCGCGGUACGCCAUCGUCGACGACGACGACGGUGCGCAGCGCGACUGGAGCCAGGCCGAGAAGCAGGUCGACAAGCUGCUCCACAGCGGCGCGGGCGGCGUCAACUCGACCGUCUCGGUUAAGGGCGCCAAGCGCGCCGCUGCCGAUGAGGACGACGCCGCGUCGCCCGCGAAUGGCGGCGGUCGUGGUGCCAAGAGGGGCGGGGCGUCGUCGACUGGGCGGGGAGGGAAGAGGGGAGGGGGAGGGGCCAAGACGGCCAAAAAGGCGAGGAGGUGA